AAGGCCGAAUAGGAUUAGUACAGUGGUCUUUCAUAAUUCCCUUUGGACUUUUCGUCCGAAGUAAAGGUGAAGAGAACAAAGAGACGGUGUGUUUAAGAGAGAGAUCAAAAAGAGGAAAGAAAGGCUAUUGAAAAGAGAAUUUCACACACCGACUUGGUGAGGCUUGCCAAGAGAGACAGAGAGGAGUGUGAAGCAGAGGACUUGUGGAACUCUGAAGCUGCAGCUUGAUCACGUUCUUCUUGUUCUUGAUCACCUUUUGCAAGCAUUCUUGGUGUUAAGGGGUUUGACUCUACAUGGCUAACCCCAAAAGGCAACGAUUAAACCAAAACAACAAUUGUGACACAUCCAAGAAUAACUCUAUGAAGAAAAUUCAUAUUACAUACCCUGAUCCUUACUCCACUGAUUCUUCAAAAUAUGAUGAAGAAGAAUAUGAGUUUAAAGAUGAGUCAAUGUUUGGUAAGCGCAAUGCCAAUGAGAUUGACAGAUUGCUAUGCUUGCAGAAGAAUAAUAAUUCAUUAUCGACUGGUGGGAAUGUCAAGGAAGAGACCGAAGGUUUGUUUUCUCAUCCAUCCCCCUCGUCUGUGCUCGAGGUCUCUACUCUGCUUGGUAAUGGAAUUGGAAAUUCAAUCAAAGAAGUAGACAAUGUGGAACCAUAUCUAUGCGAAUCUACUUCGGCUAUAGUUAGUAAUGGAAUUGGUAAUACAAUCAUAGAAGAAGGCAGUGAGUUUCCAAUUCUUGAAGAAGAACAAUCGGUUUUGGAUUUAUGGGAAGUCCCAAUAAUGUCACCAUCUACCCAAGAGUUUAUUUCGCAGUUUGGGAUGUCAGAUUUCUGUGGUAUAGAUGACAUUGUUGCUUAUCCUAUGCCUCAAGAUGAAUGUGAACCUCCUGAUGAGUCUGAACUUACUGCUGAGGAUAUUGCUUGGAUUGAUGGGGUCCUAAAUUUUGAGAACGAAUAAGUUUUGCAGUUCUUUCCUACUUUUUUUUUUUUUUUUCCAAACAUUUUGUAGUUAGGAAGUAGUAGUAGUAGUAGACUAGUAGUAGUUGUUCCAAGAGAGUUCCCAAAACAUUUUGCAGAGUUUUGGAGGUUUUUUGCCAUCUUUGUUAGGGAGCAAGAGAGUUCUUGGGUUUUUCUCUGUGCUUUUUAUAGCCAUCCCAAGUUUUUUAACCUCUCUCCCACAUACGAGUUGUUUGUAAGAGUACAUCUUUUUUCUUUUA